AUGACAACCGUAAUCGAAACCUGCCGUAUUCCGCCGCCACGAGGCGUCCCCGCCGAGCUCUUCCUCCCCCUCUCCUUCUUCGACAUGUCUUGGCUGCAUACCGUUCCGAUGUACGUCCUCAACUUCUACAACCACACAUGUUCCGAAGCGGAAUUCCACAACACCAUUGUUCCAAACCUCAAACAUUCUCUCUCUCUCACUCUCAAACACUAUCUCCCCGUCGCCGGAAACAUCCUCUUCCCUCUCGACACCGCCGCCUCAAAGCCCGUUCUCCGCUACAUCUCCGGCGACACCGUAGCGCUCACGGUCGCCGUCUCCGGCCUCGAUUUCGACGAGCUCGUCGCUAAUCACGCUAGAGAAGCCGACCAAUUCUACGACCUCGUCCCGCCGCCGGUCCCGCUGACGGAGGAUGAGAAUUACAAAAUUGCCCCUGUGUUCUCAUUCCAGGCGACUCUCUUCCCCAGCCGCGGAAUCUGCAUCGGCGUGAACUUCCAGCACACCCUCUGCGACUGGAGAUCCACCGUCGGAUUCAUGAAAGCGUGGGCUAUGAUCAAUAAAUCCGGCGGUGAUAAGGUUUUGGUGCCGAAAACCGGGCCGGUUUUUGAGAAACCGGACUCGGAAGGUUCUAGAAGAGUCGAUGGAAUGUUCUGGAAUAAAAUGAAGAAGAUUCCUUUCGAGCCGUCAGUGUCGCUUCCACGGCCGACUAAUAGAGUGAGAGCCUCGUUCAUCCUCCGCCAAUCCGACAUAAGGAAGCUGAAGAAUCGGAUCUUAUCGGCGAGGCCGGGCCUGGAUCGGGUCUCCACUUUAAUGAUAGCCGCGGCGUAUGUUUGGACGACAUUAGUGAAGUCUCACGGCAGCAGCGCGGAAGGUGAAGAGGAGGUGCUCUACAUUCCGGCUGACGCGAGAGGGCGGCGGAACGCGCUGUUUGAUCCGCCGGUUCCGGUGAAUUACUUCGGGAAUUGCUUGGGUGGUGGGUUGGUGAAGAUGGAGCAGCGGAAGCUAGCGGGGAAGGAUGGAUUUGUGGUGGCGGCGGAGGCGAUUGGGGAUGUGAUCAAGGCGAAAAUCCUCGACGGAGAUGAGUUGCUUAAAUGUCCGGAAAAUCGGCUGGGGAAGAUGGAGAGGCGUGAGAAGGUUUUCGGGGUUUUGGUGGUGUAUGGUUCGCCCAAGUUUGAGUAUAAGGAGGCGGAUUUCGGGUGGGGGGUGGCGAGGAAGGUGAUGAUUCUGUCGUUGGAUCAAGAUAACUAUGGGAUGUUGAUGAGUAACUCCGGCGACGGCGGUUUGGUCAUCGAUAUGUCGCUGCCCAAGGAGAGGAUGGAGUCUUUUGCGUCUAUAUUUCAAGAUGGCCUAAUACUGCGAGGAAAAGUAUAUGGAGAAUCAAGGAUGUAG